AUGACGCGGUUGAUACUUUCCACCUCGAACAUUAUCACCGGCGGUCCGUCGAUUAUAAGGAAGCCCGGCACCGAUCGUUCGAACCUCGAACUUACGAAUUCCCUACGAAGGAACUUCCUUGCUGCUCAGCAAGACUACUCUCCUCCCUUGUCCGCGACGACCUCUAACAACAGUCCUACGAGCGGCAGUCCCCGAAGCAGUAGCUCUGAGGAAGACCCUUUCUAUCGAAGGCCGCAAUCUUCAAUCUGGACCACACGGGACGGAGCAGACUUCUAUGUGCCUACGAUUGACUGGUCACUCUCUGGGCUGUCCGAGGAGCGAAGCCAGUACGACAUAACCGUCAAAUUAUUCUACCUCCAUAGCGCAAGUGUAAAAGACAGGGCGCGGCACACUAAUGAUGCCAUGAAUUUGGUCUUGAAGAAGCUGGGCGUCGAUCAUAUUGAUCUACUCAUCAUAUCCUUUCCAGGUAUGUCCUUCGAGGGAGACUGCGAGUGGGAAGCAGACAAGAAGAACUCAACGCAAGGGAACGACGAGCACGAGAUAGCAUCAUGGCCGGCCGUCGAGGAACUAUAUAAUCAAGGAGUUGUUAAGCGACUGGGUCUUUCGGAAUUCGGCAGUGAGAAACUCUCAAGAUUCCUUGCUCAAGUAAAAGUGCGCCCACAGGUUGACCAAGUCAACAUCAAGGACUGUUGCAACGUCCCUCCCCCUCUUAUGAAACUUGCGAAGAAAGAGAAAAUCGAGCUUCUUACACAUAACGAUUGUACCGAUAUACUACCUACGGGUACAUUGAGGGAACUUCUUGGUCAGGGCAUCAGAGGAGCUGGGGUACUUUCCGAGUCCAAGCGAGGUAUCAACGGAAUGAGAGGGGAUUUGAAACCAGAAUGGGUGGUCAAGUAUACAGCAGUCGUUCGCGAUAGAGGGGUCAUUGAGAACAAGGGUUACUUUGCAGUUGCAGAGCUGAACGAGUAA